CAAAACAAAAAACAAAACAAUUCAUGCAUUUGCAGGUUCAGCGCGGUUUCCGCUCAGUGGUGGUCUACCUGACAGCGGUGGACAGCAGCCGCGACUUUGUGGCGGUGGGAAGUAGCAUUGGCAUGUUGUACCUCUACUGCCGCCGUCUGGCGCACAUGAACAAAUACAGCCUGGAGGGAAAGUGCGACGCCAUCACCUCCGUGAGGCUGCUGAGCUGCUUUGACGAUCUGGUUGCCGCGGGAACGGCAUCGGGCCGAGUGGCCAUCUUCCAGCUGGUGUCACCGUUGCCGGGUCGCAACAAGCAGCUGCGGCGCUUCGACGUGGUGGGCCUCCACAAAGGCACGGUCACGUCUUUGUCGUGGAGCGCUAACGGCAUGAAGCUUUUCUCCGGGGACGACAAAGGGCGCGUGGUCUUCUCCACUCUGGACCUCGAUCAGGUGAGAACGCCGGGUGGCCCGAGCUAA